CUUUCCUUCCGGGGGUCCCAUGCGUACCACCACCUUUCAUUCCUCAAUCCCCCACAUACACCACCUUCCUUUCUCCUCACCACCGCUCCCCAUCUUCCCAUGGCGGAGCGGGUAUUACCACCUUCCGGCGACGACGACGACAACAACAACAACAACAACAACAACAACAACAUCAAUUCCGGCCAGAUUCAACCACUAUCACAACAAUCUCAACAACAGCAACAAACUACAUUAUGUUCAGGCACAUACGUCGUCCAGGUGCCCAAAGAUCAAGUGUAUCGUGUUCCGACUCCCCAGCAGGCCGAGAUUGCCGAUCGACAUCGCAACAAUGCUCAAAGGAGCAAAAACAAGACAUGCUGUUCAUGCUGCUGUUGUUUUUCAGUUCUGGUUGUGGUUCUCGUCGUUCUUGGCAUUGCAUCAAUUGUUUUCUCCGUUUUUCUCAAGCAUAAAGACCCUGUGUUUUACGUCGAAAGCCUCACCGCCGUCAACGGCUCAAGAUCCGACACCAAGAAUCUCCGGCAGGAUUACAGGAUGAGAUUGAAAGUUGUAAAUUCGAAUAAGAAAAUAGAUAUUUUGUACAAAGAAGGAGGUGAAGCUUCCCUCUGUUUUAGGAAACAAGAAAUCGCCCUGGGAAAAUACCCAACGUUUUUCCAACACCAUAAAAAUACUACGACGUUCGAUCUAGUGCUUCAUGGGUCUGACGUCGUUUUGCCAAAGGAAAUGGAGAAGAGCAUGAAGAAUGGGAGCCAAAAAGUUCAUGUUUUCUUAUCUCUAAAUAUGAAAAUCCCAGUGAGAAUGAAACUUUGGAAGUUGAAAACUGGAAGCAAAAAAUUCGGGGUUGCAUGCGAUGUCAUGGUGGAUACGUUGGCAAAAGGUACUCGGAUUCUGUCUCAGGAAUGCAAUACGAAACGUCUUUAGGCAGACCAAAUAAGGAAAUAUCUAUUUAUACAUACACAGUAUACCCAGUUAUAUAUAUGAAUUUGGCAGCCAUUGUAGCGAUUCGAUGGUAGUUUUUUUAUUUUUUAAUUUUUUUGGUGGAAAGUUAGGAAAUUUAACGAAAACAUUUUUGUUUUUAUCUGCUUUUUCAUUUUCUGAUCCCAGGUUUUGUAGAUUUUUGAUUUUUUUAAUUUUUCGUUUUUGUUUAUGGAGAUUCUCCAAAUUUAAUUUUCCAGAUUAUAUGUAUAUUUGA